AUGCGGUCUUGUUUACCGAGAAGACUAAUUCAAACAGCUACUACAGGGGUUAGUAAAGGUGGUGUCAAAUUAACAUUAUUCUCAAAACCACAAUGUGGACUAUGUGAAGAAGCAAAAGAAAUUAUAGAAGAUGUACUGGAAAGUGAUGCCAUACCCAAGCACAAUAUAUCGAUGAAUAUUGUCAACAUUAAUCAACUUAAUAAUAAAAAAUGGUGGGAUCUGUAUUGCUUCGACAUACCUGUUUUGCAUAUUGAAAAAGACAAUGACAAAGAGAGUUUAUUUAAGAUGAUGCAUCGUAUCGAUGAGGAUGUUCUAGUUGAUAAAAUUCAAACCUAUCUAAAAUAG